AUGGAGCCAUUGAGCGAGAAACUGAUGUAUAAUCUACGCAAUGACGCCUCCACUGGAGAUGAAAAUAACAUCGCACCAAAUGACGAAGGCAACAACGGUGCAUCCGAAACUGGACAAGGAAAUAACGAUGAAUCCAAUGCGGACGAUGGAAACAACGGUAUUCCCGAUGCUGGAGAUGGAAGCGCCGAGGGUGGCGAUGGAAAUAAUGCCGCAGCCGAAGAUAGCAAUGGAAACAGCGCACCCAAGGAUGACAAUGGAAACAAUAGCGCACCCGAAGAUGGCAAUGGAAACGCAUCCGAUAAUGGUGAUGGAGGCAACGCAUCCAUUGAUGACAACGAAAACGCCAUACCUGACGAUAAUGACAAUGGAGACAACAAUGCAGCUAAUAAAGGCGAUAAAAACCCUAACACAUCUGAUAACGGCAAUAGUGACAACGACAACAGUAACAUUUCUGGUGGUAACAAUGUAGAAGCUUAG